AUGAACCGCUUAGUAUACGUAGCCAUUGUAGCCAUUGGAUGUACAAACCAAACCAAGAACUCGAUCGGGUGGAGGGAGCGAAUCAAAGAUUUCCGUUCUUUGCAGACUUUCAGAGAAGAACUGACUAACAUCAUAAUUGAGGGUCCUAUGGAAACCCAUAUGAACCAUGUUCGAAAAUUUUAUUUCGACAAAACCGAACAAUUGAGUACAAAAUAUGGAUUGGAUAUGACGCCGUCAGAGUUUUCUCCAGAUGAGACAACCAGUUUUGCUCAUCACCAAGUCAAAGAUAGAUGGGAUGAUAUGAUGAGAUCACCCAAUUACUCCGAGGCCAUUAGGAAAGCUAUCCGAGAGGGUUUAUCAAGGGAUGACGGGGGAAUAAGCGAUGAAACUUGGAAAGGUUAUGUUGAACGAUGGAAUUGGGCGGCAAUUGGGCAUACCAAAAAGAAAUUGACUGAACGACUCUCACGUGAGACUGAUCCUCUACAAAGAGCGAGUCCUCUCAUCAAAGCUAUUGCGACGUCUGAUCGAUCAGACGUCCUAGAUGAUCUGUCCAAGUACCACAAUAGCCUCAAGAGUCUGUCGGAUGAUCCUGAAAUGAAAGUCACACAUGAUGAUCUGCUCGAUGAACUGAGAACCAAGUACAAAGUUCCCUUGGACGGAGGAUCCGAUGCUAAGUCAAGUGGGUUUCGCCGACUCAUGGCGAGGAUGAUGAUCCGAUCACAUCGACAAGAGAGAAGCGAUGUUUGA